GAUAAAAAAAGGGUAGAAAAUCAAGAAAUAUUCAAUAUGAUUUUUAAUUCAAGGCUAAAAAGGUUAAGACAGUGUCAAGAAAUAAGAGAAAAUGAGGUUAAAACUGAAGAAAAUGGUAAAAAAAAGUAUCAAAAAGAAGAAUCAAUUGGUAUUAUAUGUCGGAUGAAUUUUAUACAUAAAAAGCUUCACUUUUUAUUUAAAUCAAGGUUACUUAAUGUAUUUAUGACAAUGGGAUGGUUUUGAUUGUUUUUUUUAAAAACAGAUAUACAGAUUUUUUAGUAAAUGAAGUGGAUAAUCAGGAAAAAGUUAUUCAUAUAACAGAUACAAGCUUUUAUGAUAUGAAAAAACAUGAAUUGAAUGAUAAUGCUUUUAAGAAUUGUAAUUUAGAGCUUGACGAAAUUAAAAGGAUAAAUGAUCUUAUAGGUGAAGAUAUUUUUGAAAAUAUUCUUCAUAUGUUUGAAAAUAAAAGGAGUCCUUUAAAUUUUGUUUUAACAGGGGUUUUUAAAGACAAAUUAUACCGUACAGCUAUUCAUACAGCUAUUAGAGAGGUUUUUAAAGGUGUACUUGAUACAACGACUACAGUUGAAGAAAAGAUAAAGAUAACAUUUUCAAAAAAAAAUUGCCGUUCUUAUGGAAAUUUUUGGGUAGAUAUUGGUGGAGAAUAUUGUUUGUUUUAUUUAUAUAAGGAAAAUAUGGAUACAAUGGAAUGUAUAAAUUUGCUUUCUAAGUAUUUACAUGUUAAACCUCGAAUUUUUUCUUUUGCUGGGACGAAAGAUAAAAGAGGAUGUACUGUUCAACAGUGUACUGCAUGGAAAAUAAAGGCAGAAAGACUUUGUAAUUUGAAUAAACUUCUUAGAGGCUUUAAAUUAGGGAAUUUUUCUUAUACGAAUACUAAAUUAGAGUUGGGUGAUCUUAAAGGAAAUGAAUUUACAAUUAUCUUGCGUGAUGUUAAGGAAGAUGAUGAAUUAGUAGAUCAAUGUUUGAAUUUAUUAAAGAAUAAUGGUUUUGUUAAUUAUUAUGGAGUACAACGAUUUGGAACAUCAGCUAUUGCAACUCAUGAAGUUGGUAUUUUACUUCUUAAGUCUGAUUGGCAAGGAGCAGUAGAAUUGUUACUUAAAGAGGCUUCAGAAAAAAUUAAAGAAUCUAUUGAAAUGCAUGAAUCUAUUGGAUUAAAGGGAAUUUGGUCUAAUAUAGAAAAUGUGAAAAUUGCUUUGAAAAAUACUUCUCAGAAAAAUGUUUCUGAGUAUUCUGUUUUGCUUUCAUUGGCUAAAGAGUCAUCUAAAUCGCCUAAUUAUGCUGGUGCUCUUCAGAAAAUACCUAGAAAUUUAAGAAUAAUGUAUAUUCAUGCUUAUCAAUCUUAUGUAUGGAACUUUGCGGUUACAGAGCGUCUUUGUAGAUUUGGAUUUACUCCUAUAGAGGGUGAUUUGGUUAUUUGUGAUCAAAUUAUCGACUCAAAUGAAGAUAUGAUAGAUUCGGAGUGUUCAAAUUUACAAUCAGAAAAUUUUGUUAAGUCUUCUAAGAUUAUUUCUGUAAAACAUUUAAAAAAGGAUGAUCUUUCAAAUUAUUCAAUUUAUGAUAUUGUUUUGCCUACACCAGGGCAUGAUAUUUUAUAUCCAGAAAAUUGUAUUAAGGAUUUUUAUUUGGAUUUUAUGAAAAAGGAUGGCCUGGAUGGUCUGAAUAUGGUUCGCUCUAUAAAAGAAUUUUCUUUGACAGGUUCAUAUCGACUAAUUGUAUCAAAACCAAAAAUGAUGCAAUGGGAAAUUAUAAAUUAUAACGAUCCAGAAGAACAACUUUCUCUUACAGAUAUUGACCUUAUAGAAAAUCAUGUUUUAAAUAAUACGAUCAAUAAGAAAGAUGGUUCUUUUAAAGCAGUGAAGUUGAAAAUGCAGCUUGAAAGUUCAUCAUAUGCUACUAUAGCUUUAAGAGAAAUUACAGAAGGAAGCACUUUAAAUCCGUAA